ACUCAACACAUAUUUACUGGGCGCAUUCUAUGCACCAAUUAUUGAAGACAGCUGUUUUAAGCAUUUCACGGCAAUGCAACUCCCUUAACACCGAGUCCGGGAUUUGGGGAGGGGUGAGGAAAAACGCCAGGUCCCGCCAGCAGAGGGCGCGGUCCCGGCCUCGUUGCGGCCUUGGGACCCACCGAGGCUUCCAGGCUCCCACGCUCGCUCCCGAGCGCGUCCCCGCCCUCGCGUCACGUGACGCGGCCGCGGAACCUGAGCUGCCGGGCCUAAGCUGAGCUAAAUUCGUUGCGGGUGGCCGCGGAAGGUGCAAUCACAAAGGCUAGGCCGAAGGAGUCGGGGAGGCUCGUGGAGUCGAUGCUUCCUCUUCCAAGUCAGGUCGCCUCCCGUUACCUUCUCGGCAGCAUUCGCCGUUCCCGUCUUCCUGAGCGCGUGCAUGAGGUCUUUCGCGUGGGGAAGCUCUGGUGACCAUGUAGGGGACAAGAGUGAGGAAGCUCCUGGUGCUUGGGACGAGGUCAGCGCUGUCGGCACGCCGCCCCAGCGCCCGCCACACCCCGGUGCGGGCCGGCGGGCCCUGGGCCCUGGUGGGAACUCCGGCCUCCGGUCAAGGCCUGGCCGGGAGCGCCACGAAUUCUCGCGUCGUCUCGCGAGAGUCCAAGUUGAAAACAUGGCGACGUCUAAUCUGUUAAAGAAUAAAGGUUCUCUUCAGUUUGAAGACAAAUGGGAUUUUAUGCGCCCGAUUGUUUUGAAGCUUUUACGCCAGGAAUCUGUUACAAAACAGCAGUGGUUUGAUCUGUUUUCGGAUGUGCAUGCAGUCUGUCUUUGGGAUGAUAAAGGCCCAGCAAAAAUUCAUCAGGCUUUAAAAGAAGAUAUUCUUGAGUUUAUUAAGCAAGCACAGGCGCGAGUACUGAGCCAUCAAGAUGAUACGGCUUUGCUAAAAGCAUAUAUUGUUGAAUGGAGAAAGUUCUUUACACAAUGUGAUAUUUUACCAAAACCUUUUUGUCAACUAGAGAUUACUUUAAUGGGUAAACAGGGCAGCAAUAAAAAAUCAAAUGUGGAAGACAGUAUUGUUCGAAAGCUUAUGCUUGAUACAUGGAAUGAGUCCAUCUUUUCAAAUAUAAAAAACAGACUCCAAGAUAGUGCAAUGAAGCUGGUACAUGCUGAAAGAUUGGGAGAAGCUUUCGAUUCUCAGCUGGUUAUUGGGGUUAGAGAAUCGUAUGUUAACCUUUGUUCUAAUCCUGAGGAUAAGCUUCAAAUUUAUAGGGACAAUUUUGAGAAGGCAUACUUGGAUUCAACAGAGAGAUUUUAUAGAACACAAGCACCCUCGUAUUUACAACAAAAUGGUGUACAGAAUUAUAUGAAAUAUGCAGAUGCUAAAUUAAAAGAAGAAGAAAAACGAGCACUACGUUAUUUAGAAACAAGACGAGAAUGUAACUCUGUUGAAGCACUCAUGGAAUGCUGUGUAAAUGCCCUGGUGACAUCAUUUAAAGAGACUAUCUUAGCUGAGUGCCAAGGCAUGAUCAAGAGAAAUGAAACUGAAAAGUUACAUUUAAUGUUUUCAUUGAUGGACAAAGUUCCUAAUGGUAUAGAGCCAAUGUUGAAAGACUUGGAGGAACAUAUCAUUAGUGCUGGCCUGGCAGAUAUGGUAGCAGCUGCUGAAACUAUUACUACUGACUCUGAGAAAUAUGUGGAGCAGUUACUUACGCUAUUUAAUAGAUUUAGUAAACUCGUCAAAGAAGCUUUUCAAGAUGAUCCACGAUUUCUUACUGCAAGAGAUAAGGCAUAUAAAGCAGUUGUUAAUGAUGCUACCAUAUUUAAGCUUGAAUUACCUUUGAAGCAGAAGGGGGUGGGAUUAAAAACUCAGCCUGAAUCAAAAUGCCCUGAGCUGCUUGCCAAUUACUGUGACAUGUUGCUAAGAAAAACACCAUUAAGCAAAAAACUAACCUCCGAAGAGAUUGAAGCAAAGCUUAAAGAAGUGCUCUUGGUACUUAAGUAUGUACAGAACAAAGAUGUUUUUAUGAGGUAUCAUAAAGCUCAUUUGACACGACGUCUUAUAUUAGACAUCUCUGCCGAUAGUGAAAUUGAAGAAAACAUGGUAGAGUGGCUAAGAGAAGUUGGUAUGCCAGCGGAUUAUGUAAACAAGCUUGCUAGAAUGUUUCAGGACAUAAAAGUAUCUGAAGAUUUGAACCAAGCUUUUAAGGAAAUGCACAAAAAUAAUAAAUUGGCAUUACCAGCUGAUUCAGUUAAUAUAAAAAUUCUGAAUGCUGGUGCCUGGUCAAGAAGUUCUGAGAAAGUCUUUGUCUCACUUCCUACUGAACUGGAGGACCUGAUACCAGAAGUAGAAGAAUUCUACAAAAAAAAUCAUAGUGGUAGAAAAUUACAUUGGCAUCAUCUCAUGUCAAAUGGAAUUAUAACUUUUAAGAAUGAAGUUGGUCAGUAUGAUUUGGAGGUAACCACGUUUCAGCUCGCUGUGUUGUUUGCAUGGAACCAAAGACCCAGAGAGAAAAUCAGCUUUGAAAAUCUUAAACUUGCAACUGAACUCCCUGAUGCUGAACUUAGAAGGACUUUAUGGUCUUUAGUAGCUUUCCCAAAACUCAAACGGCAAGUUUUAUUGUAUGAACCUCAAGUCAACUCACCCAAAGACUUUACAGAAGGUACCCUCUUCUCAGUGAACCAGGAGUUCAGUUUAAUAAAAAAUGCAAAGGUUCAGAAAAGGGGCAAAAUCAACUUGAUUGGACGUUUGCAGCUCACUACAGAAAGGAUGAGAGAAGAAGAGAAUGAAGGAAUAGUUCAACUACGAAUACUAAGAACCCAGGAAGCUAUCAUACAAAUAAUGAAAAUGAGAAAGAAAAUUAGUAAUGCUCAGCUGCAGACUGAAUUAGUAGAAAUUUUGAAAAACAUGUUCUUGCCACAAAAGAAAAUGAUAAAAGAGCAAAUAGAGUGGCUAAUAGAGCACAAGUACAUCAGAAGAGAUGAAUCUGAUAUCAACACUUUCAUAUAUAUGGCAUAAGUUUGAAUAUCAUGGAUAAUAUUUAGAACCCAAAUUUUGGAGUGCUUGGGCAGAAAGUUGUAAAGUUUGUGCUGGAGAAAGGUUUAUUUGGACUUUGAUUACAUAAAUAUUAAAAUCUCUGCCUUACCUUACGAAAACAACUAUAUUUUGCCAAUCACAUUAGUUAGCAUGAUGGCAUUCCCUUCAUGUUGCACACUCUAACAGCAUGCUGUUUUGUGGAGAAACUUGCAUUCAUGAAGAGCCCAUUAUCAACUUUUGAAAGUGAAUUUGAUUUGUACCCACCAGGAGAAAUACAGUUGGGAAGGGUGAGGGCGGGGUUCUUGUUGCUUUUUUCUCUUUUUUCCUCUCUUAAAAAAUGUACUUGCACAGGGAAGGAUCUUCAGAUAUUCAUGCACUGAAAAAUGCUGUUAUCUUUUGUUUUUAAAAAAUGCAAUUAAAACUAGAAAUAGCACUCUUGGUUUCUUUUGAUGAAAAGAGUGAGCUGGUCAAUGCAACAUUGGGAAAGGGCAGAUGUAGGUGAGAAGUUAAGUAUUUAAUAGUAUCAAAUUGUUCAAACAUUGCUCAGUAUAAUAACUGGAUUUUAAUGGUGACCUAAAAAUGGUAUUAAAUAUUUUCAACUUUCAAAUGUUGGUUUUCUUUAAACAGGAGACUGCUAUUUUAGUUGUUGUUCAAUGAUAAGGAGUUGUUUUUUUGUUUUGUUUUAUUUUUUUAAUAUGGCUGGAGAGCUUGUUUUGAAAAGUGAAGUUUAUAUUAAUUGUUGCUUCAAUUGUUUAAAAAAAUUUAUGGAGAUAGGUAGGUCAUUAUGAUUGCAGAGUCAAAAUAGCAAAACAAAAAUAUUAAGUGUGUUUACUAAACAUACUGUGUGUUUACUAACACACUUAAUAUUUAUAUACCUAAUAUUUAUUAUGCCAUAUCUGAAUUUAUUAAAAACACCACAGAAAUCUUCUGCUCUGAUAUAGUUAUGUAACUGAUGUCUUAAUCUGUAGCAUAGAAGUAUUUUGGUAUUUUAAGGUCUCAUGAUUAGGGAUUUGUAGCCUCAGGUUUGAAUCAGUCACCUAGGGGUAAGAGAAAAACCACAACAUAAGACCUGAAAAACAGAAGCAAAAUUGUUGCACUCCUAAUACGAGCAGUAAACUUGCCAAAUAUAUGUACAUAUAUAUUUAUAUAUUUUAAAAAUAAACAUUUUUUAAAUCAUCAGAAGGCAACAUUUACCAUGUUCCUUUCAGUCUAUCCAAAGUAGCAACUUAACUAGUUGCUGGCAACUGAAUAUCCAGAGUAGUGGAAAUUUUAGGACUUGAGGACGUGAACAACUUAAAAGAGAAAAUUAUCCCCCUUGGGGAAAGAAUGGCUCAACUUGGGUUUUUAUUCAUUGUGGUGCACAUUUCAAAUUUUCUUGCAAAUUAUUUUCUAUCUUGUUUGAUGUUAAGUAAUAUUUUUAAAGUAUGGUUUUUGAAGAUAGUAGGAAAUGGAGUACAGAAAGACAUACAGUAUUAUGUUACAGUGGAGUGCUUUCAAGAGCAUUUCGAUCUGUCCCCAUCCCAAGAGGCUUUGUGAACUGCCUGCUGAAUGGAAGGAAAGCAAUUGAAAACACAGAGUUUUGCUGAGUAUAGUCAAAUGCCUGUUCUGAAACUCAUAGGAAAUUGGAAUUUUGUUUAAAAUUUUACACUUCAUCUUUAAGGUAGCAAAUGUCAAUUAUUGGACCAAGCAUAUUGUGAAGAAUUAAACUAAAAUUAGUGCUCACAGUUUUCUCUAAUUAGGUGACUGUUCAUAAUGGGUAUAUUUGAAAUUUAGAAGAAAUAAUUUUGUAGUAAUUGUGGCCCUUAUGUUUAACAGAUAAUUCAACAUUGGCGUAUUUGCUUGUCCCAAUACAAGAAUGCCAAAGGAGGAAACAAUAGGAGGAAAAAUUGUAGUCCAUUUAAAAAAUUUCGGUUUGUUGUUUUAAACCAUAAUUGUUCUCAGAACUUUUUUGGAACUUCUAAUUUUGGGUCAUUUAGUUUAAGAAUGAGAGUCAUGAUGUUUUGAUUUAUGAAGGCGAAUUUAAUGCAAAAGUGGGUAACACUAAAUUCAUAGCAAAGUUUUUAAUUAAAUUUUAUAAAUUUUUAAUAGCCAAUUAUGUCCUAAUUGUAUUUUGGGGAAUGAACAGCAGCAAAUACUGUAAACGUACAGUUUUUUUUUUGUUGUUGUUGUUGUUGUUUUUUGGUUAUGUAUACAAAAGUUUAACUACUUUUUGGUGUUCAUGAAAACCAUUUAGUUGACAAGGUGCCUAUGCCAUUGUUCAGUUUUCUUUAACAACAGAUUUGCAAAUUAAAAAAAAAUAAAAUUUAAAAAAAAAAUCCUACCAGCAGUUUGUAAAGGUCUGGAAUCACAGUCGGCAUCCUUUAUUCAGGUCUCUUCUCUCCAGUGUGCACUUAAAAUUGGUGCCGAGCAGAGAUAAAACCUGCAGUUAAGGGAAAAGAAAAUCCAGCCUCCCUCUCCAAAAAAAAAAAAAAAAAAAAAUACAUUUAAUUUUUAAAAAUUAGCGGUAUGGCAAUAAGACACUUCGGAGGCCAUCUUAAGCUCUGAAUACCCAUCUUCUAGUUCAAAGACAUUCCAUCUGGAAAAUGUUAACUUGUGUUGCCAUCUCGUUGCCACAGUAAGUAGACAUAAGACAAGUUUAGGAAGUGAAAAUAUAGAACAAUUUUGAUGGUCACAAUGAGAUAAAUAUUAGAAUAUUACUAUUCCAAUGAUUAAAUGAGGAUCUUGAAAUAAAUUCUGAAGUCUUCCAAUUUUUACAUUUAUUGGAGGGGUCCCUGAGUUCUGUCAACUUUUUUAUUUAAGUCUCUCGCUCUUAUUUUGUGCAUAAAUGUUAAACCUUCCAAAAAUGAAAUGUUAGCUUUCUUUUACUUUUUAUUAAAUUUAAUAGAAAAUAUGACCUGAGUAGUUUAAAAAGUAUUUUGCAUUAUUUGCAGUAAGAUAUCUCUAGCACUGCUCAAAGGGCAAAUUUUAACACUUCAGUCUGGGUGAAAGAUUUGCUAGUUUUACAGAAAGAUUUGCUAUCUUAAACUCAAGCUGGUUUUUCUAUUCUCAUGUAAAUGACUGGGAUGCUGUCUUAUAAAUUCUUCCAAGGUCAUGUUUGUGAAAUAAACAUUACAUGAGAGUUUUCCUGUCAUCUACACUAUUUGUUGUCUGGAGUGUUGAACAAAUUUAUUUUAGUUUCUAAGUUGUAAUCUAUCCUCAUAUGGUCUAUACGAUUUUGAAUGUGUGCCACUACAUACUGAGAUGAUAAUGCUGUACAAUUUUAAGUAGUAGCAGUUUCUGUAUGCAGUAGGCUGAAAUAUUUUGAUGAACUGCUUAAUUUUUGGAUUUUAUUUUUUAAGUUGUAUAAUUUAUUUUCUUGCAAAAUAAAAAUGUAAUAUAAAAGCUU